CCGCCCUUUGUUGAAUGGAUAAGCCAACACAGCAUAUGCCCCUUUGUCGUUGCUAAAAGAUCUCAUAGCAUAUCACAUAAAGAGCUGAAGUGCCAUAUUAUCAACAUGACAGAUUUACAGAUGAAUAUUCAUGAAGGAAUUGCUUCCCCAGGGAGUGAUGUUGCCAUGGUUACUGGUGACUACGACUAUUAUCACUAUGGCUGUGAUGGGUUAGAUGACAGAGGGUGGGGCUGUGGCUACAGGACCCUGCAGACGAUGUGCUCCUGGGUAAGCAGACAGCAGAUGCAGACUGGAGCAGCCGUGUCGCAUCCUGUGCCAUCCAUUCCAGACAUCCAGAAGGCUCUGGUGACCAUGGAGGACAAGGGCCCAGCAUUCCUGGGAUCUCGAGACUGGAUCGGCAGUGUCGAAGUGGCACUUUGUGUCGACUUCUUCUUCCAGGUCCCAUGCCGUGUUGUCCACGUGACCAGCGGAGCCCAGCUGCCCGAUGUCAUGGAUCAGAUCUUCUCCCACUUCCGUGAUGUCGGCGCUCCAGUUAUGAUGGGCGGGGACUCUGAUGCUUCCUCGAAGGGCAUUGUUGGAGCAUGUCGAGAUCCACCCAGUUUGCUCGUAGUGGACCCCCAUCUUCUAUGGUGCUGGCACCACACAGACAACAGCUGCAGGAGAAUAGCUGGGUCAAGGUGCUGUGUCACUGCUGGGCACUUCUGUCACUGGAAAUCAUUCUACAAUCUGUGUAUGCCAGUAAAGCGUGACAAGUCUUGACCAAUAAAUGAGGACGUUUUUA